AUGUCCCCGCGGGGGGCGGCGGGCUCCUGCCGCCGCCUCUCGCCCCUCAACGAGGACAACGGGCGGUUCCUGCUCCUGGCCGCCCUCAUCGUGGCGUACCUGAGCGCCGGCGCCACCGUCUUCUCGGCCCUCGAGAGCCCGUCGGAGGCGGCGGCGCAGCUCCGCUGGAACCGGACGCUGCACAACUUCAGCCGCAUCUUCAACAUCAGCCUGCCGGAGCUGCGCGCCUUCCUGCGGAGCUACGAGGCGGCCAUGGCCGCGGGCAUCCGCGUGGACGCCCUGCGCCCGCGCUGGGACUUCCCCGGCGCCUUCUACUUCGUGGGCACCGUCGUCUCCACCAUAGGUUUUGGAAUGACCACACCAGCAACCGUGGCUGGAAAAGCAUUCCUCAUUGUUUACGGUCUUUUUGGGUGCGCUGGGACUAUUCUUUUCUUCAACCUCUUCUUGGAGCGUAUUAUCUCUCUCCUGGCUUUUAUCAUGAAGGCUUGCCAUGAGAGACAGCUGCGAAGAAGUGGUCUCCUACCUCCCAACUUCCAAAGGGGGUCAGCUAUCUCUGGGGUUGGCAGCCUUGUCGGGUGGAAGCCAUCCGUUUAUCAUGUGAUGCUGAUCCUAGGAAUUUUUGCUAUCACACUUUCUUGCUGUGCCUCAGCAAUGUACACAGCAGUGGAAGGAUGGAACUACAUUGACUCCUUGUACUACUGCUUUGUCACCUUUAGCACCAUCGGCUUUGGAGAUUUGGUAAGCAGCCAAAAUGCUGUAUACCAAAAUCAGGGAUUAUAUAGAUUCGGAAACUUCAUAUUUAUAUUAAUGGGGGUAUGUUGCAUAUACUCUCUUUUUAAUGUAAUCUCAAUUGUAAUUAAGCAAAUUUUGAACUGGGUGUUGAAAAAAUUUGAAUGCAGAUGUUGCCCAAAGUGCCAUAAAUCAAGUGCCCGCCUUGGACGUCGCAAUGCCAUUACCCCAGGAGCUCGCCUACGUCGACAUAACAUCUCUGUGGAAGCCGAUGGACAGUAUGACAGUGACACCGAAGGGAGGAGGCUCUCUGGAGAGAUGAUCUCUAUGAGGGAGCUCACGGCAUCGAAUAAAGUCUCUCUGGCCAUUCUGCAAAAGCAGUUGUCUGAGACAGCCAAUGGCUACCCAAGGAACGUUUGCAUCAAUACAAGACAAAAUGGUUUCUCUGCAGGGGUGGGUGCUCUAGCCAUCAUGAACAAUAGAUUGGCAGAAACAAGUGAUUCUAGGUAG